AUGCAUUCGCUGUCCGGUUACUCGGUUUUGCUUUCGGCGCUGUUGUCGCUGCUUCAUAGCAGCAGCAGUGUUUUAGGUGCUCAAGCCUCGAGCUCUGAGCGUCCAUCGCCAUCUUCGGCUGCUUUUGCUUUAAGGAGGUUUGACUAUGUCAUUGUGGGUGGUGGUACUGCUGGCUUGGUCCUUGCGAGCAGGCUCACUGAGAAUAGACAUAUCACCGUCGCUGUUAUCGAGGCCGGUACGAGCCCAGAGGCUGUCGCAGGAAACUUGACUGUGGUGCCAGGCUACGCUGGUGCUUUGUUCGGGGAAGCAACUCAAUUAAAUCUUGACUGGGGUUUCCAAGUCACUCCCCAGAAGUCUCUUCUGAACCGAACGGCCUCGUAUUUGCGAGGCAAAGCGCUCGGCGGUAGUUCCAACUUGAACUUUAUGAGCUAUGGACAAAGCUCCAAGGGCUCUCAUAAGAAGUGGGCCGAAUUGGUCAGCGAUCAAUCUUACACGUACGAAAAUAUGUUGCAAUACUAUCGCAAAGCAAUGAAGUUUACCGAACCACAAGCCGGUGCUCGCUCAGCUAAUGCCACCGCCUGGAUUGCCGCAGCGGACGCAGCAGCCAGCGGAACGUUACCUGUUACUUUUGGAGCGUAUGUACAAUCUUGGAGUACCUGGGUGGCUUUAGGUCUUGAGGCCAUCGGUAUCCAUCAAGUCUCAGCCUUUGUGAAUGGCAAUAAUCUCGGGUGGGCUUGGAAUCUCUACACCAUCAAAUCCCCCAAAGCGACGAGAGCAACCUCAGAAACCGCCUACCUCCGUCCUGUCCUUAGACGUCACAAUCUCGCGGUUUUCGACUCCACUUUUGCUCGGCGCAUCGUUUUUGAUGACAGCAAAACGGCCACAGGUGUAGAGGUAACUUCGACAAUGACUAAUCGCACGUAUAUUGUCUCCGCAGAUAAGGAGGUCAUCCUCUCCGCAGGGGUUUUCCAGUCACCCCAUUUAUUGCUGGUUUCGGGUGUCGGUCCCAAAGCCGUGUUAGAACAAUACAACAUCAGCCUCAUUGCCGAUCGGCCCGGAGUUGGCCAGAAGAUGUAUGACCAAAACUCUAUAUCCGUUAUGUACCAAGUCGACCUCGUCACUAACACGCGGCUGAGUCAAGAUCCUGACUACGCUGCGGAGGUUCUCGAGGAGUAUAAGCAUAAUCGUACUGGCCCCUUGUCUUCACCAGGAGGCGACCUGUUUGGACAAGAGAAGAUACCCAAGGAAUUUAGAGCUGGAUUCUCGGAUGACACCAAGGCCUACAAAUUACCAGCAGACUGGCCCGAGAUUGGCUACGUCGUCUAUCCAAAUGGCGCUUCAGUACUACAGAAGGGAGCAAACUACGCUAUCAUGCAGGCGUUGUUGAUGGCACCUCGUUCCACUGGCUCAGUUACCAUCAAGUCCGCAGACAUGGCUGUGGCACCUGUCAUUAAUCCUGACUGGUUUAGCUCUCAAACGGACGUCGAGGUCAUGGUUGCCGGACUCAAGCGCGUACGCCAGGCACUCAGCAGCUCUGCUAUGGCUCCUAUCAUAAUUGGUGAUGAACUACUCCCUGGCCAAAGCGUCAAAACCGAAGAGGAUAUGGCCUUGUACGUGGCUCAGCGGGGUUCGACCCUCUAUCAUGCUAUGGCAAGCAACAAGAUGGGGAAGACCUCGGAUCCUGACGCCGUCGUAGAUAACCGGGGACGAGUAAUCGGUGUCAAGAAAUUGAGAGUAAUUGAUGGUUCUGCAUUCCCUUUUCUACCGCCAGGGCCCUCACCUCAGACACAAGUUUAUGUUUUGGCCGAGAAGCUCGCGGAUGAUAUCAAAAACACUGUCUACUAA